AUGGGUUGCAUGCACUCCAAGAGAAGGGCGGUGCGGCUCACCGCGGCCCCCGCGUGCAGCUCCCUCCCGCUGCAGCAGCAGCAGCAGCAGCAGCAGCAGAAAGACGAGACCUUGUCCCGCGCCACCCCCUCGACUGGCAAAGGCGCUGCUGCCUUCUCUCCCCACAGCGGCCUCUGCAGCGAGACGCAGCAGGGGCCUUUAGACUCUCUGAAUUCUCCUUUGGAGUCUAUUAAUGAGUUUUAUAGUCCCCUUGCUGCUUACAAAGCAGCAGCAGACAGUGGGGGCUUUCAAGAGCUGCAAAACGAUGCCCUCAGCACAGCAGCAGCAGCAGCAACGGCAGCAGCAGCAGCAGCAGCAGAAAGCAGGCAGCUAGCGAAGGAGCUCAACGCCGAUAAAACAGAAAAGGAAAAAAAUAAAAUUAAUAAAAGUCCGCAAGUGGAGACGCAGCUGGCCACGAGAAAGCCAUCGCCAAGUGUACAUACACCCCACAACCAACACCACAGUUGCGUGCAGCAGCAGCAGCAGCAGCAGCAGCAGCAGCAGCCGCGGCAGAAGCAAACUGAUGUAAUCAUCCCCAUGCGCAGCAACGACUUUUACUCUUACCGCCACAGCAGCCGCACCUCCCCUGCGUCCAAAGGCAAGCAGCAGCAGCAGCAGCAGCAGCGGCAGCAGCGGCAGCAGCAGCAGCUGCAGCAGCUCCAGCUCAGAGACAAAAAAGAACUUUCUGUGGAAACCCUCGCCUGCGUCCGCAGAGGCUUCGAUGCAUGCGUUGUUAGAGACACGCAAGCAGCAGAACAGGAGCUGCAGAAGGCGGAGGACCUGCUUGCUGCGCUGCGCUGCAGCAGCAGCGUGAGCCGCCGGCUGCCGCUGUCGAGCGGGCUGGGCUGGUCUCUGGGGAGCCGCAGCCGCAGCAGCCGCAGCAGCAGCAGCAGCAGCAAGAGCUGCAGCAGCAGCUGGAACAGCAGCAGCAGCUGCGACCCCAUGGAGCUCGAUAUUGAACGCCGCAUUGUAAACCUCCGGGCAACUUUGACAGACAUUCAAGGAGGGUUUUUGGUUAGCGAAAAUAGAAGAAGUUUAUUUGCUUAUUCCCCCGCUGCUGCUCUUUCUCCGCCUCCUGCUGCUGCUGCUGCUGCUGCUGCUGCUGCUGCUGCCACCGCUGCAGCAGCUGCUGCUGCCGCCUACAGGCAAAACGUCGUCAUUCCACCACCCAACGCCAACAGCAGGAAACAACUCACCGCCUAA